AUGGCUGACCAGAAGAGGUUGAGGGGAGAUGUGUGUGUGUGUGUGUGGUUCAGUCUGCUCCUCUGCGUCACCCCCCCACCCUGCUGUCCUGCAGCAGAUCAUUCCGGAGCAGGCUGGAACCUCAGCGGCGUUGGCGGCGGCGGCGGCGGCCUCUCUUUUCUUCAGGCAGGUGGCGGGUGUUUAGGUCAGGGUUUCCAACUGGGCAACCAAAACGCUCUCUCUCCAAAGAUGGAGCUCAGUGACAUCGCACAGGACAAACCAGCUCUCCUCUCUCAUAGUUUUUCUUUAUCAUGUUUUUUCGGCAUUCAUUUCCUUUCUUUUAAACAUGUUGACUUUGAUUUUUACCGCUUCUGUCCAUGUAGGCAUUAUGGUUACUAUUGUUCCUCUUCUUGUCAUUACUGUUUUCUGUAA